GGUGACAUGUCCUUCUCUCUUGUUUCAUUGCGCAAUUGCGCUUCUUUUCUUUUUUUGUUUUUAUUUUUGAUUGUCACCGACGUUGCGCUUUUUUGUCCACUCUUCUUGUUGCGCGACAAUAUUAUCCUCUUCCCUCUCUUCUUCUCCCUUUUAUUUAAAAUUAAGCCUUAUUAUUUUUCCCCUAAUUUUCUUUUUUUUCCUUUUCUUGUUUUUUUUGUCCACACAACUGGUCAGCGAAAUAAUUAGAAAAAUAAAUAAAUUAAUGUUGAUUUACCUAGAUUU